AUGGGGAGCCGUCCGCAGUCGCCCACGGGGACUGGUCCCGUGGACCUGUCUAUGCCUCGACAUGGGAUGCGACGUGAUUCUAUGCGAAGCAGUAUGAGUGUUGUUUCCGACGUCGAAAUGGCCCGGAACGAGGUUUUCGAUGGUCCAAUCUCGGAAAGCAUCCCAUCUAGUGUGGUCUCAUUUGCACACCGUCGUAGCAGAGCAGACUCUACCGUGAGCUUCACAUACUUUCAGGACGGAGAAGACUUUGCCGAAUUGUCCAACGAAGAUGCCGUGGAUGAUGAAAGCGAGAUCGACGAGCAGUCUCUGCAUGGGUUAGGAGAUGCAGACCUUGAGUCUAGCAGAGGAUCCUUUAUCUCCAAGCGAAUGUCUACCUCUCGCGACUCGGUUGAACACCCUCUUCUUUCUCGAUACAUGUCCGCCAGCUCGUAUGGCCGUGAUCGAAGGACUGGUAGUCGUCUGAACCAGAAAAUUUACAUCGCAUCGGAGGACUUGACCGCAGUUUUCGCCGGCUUUUCCACCAGCACCGGCGGCAUGGCUAUCUACAUUGCUUUGUGCAUACUCUCUGGUGGACUUGCCUACCUUCUUUUUCGAUGGAUGCCCCGAUGGCGAGUCAAGCUAAUUGGCAAGGCAACCCCAAUAGGAAGGUGCCAGUGGGUUGCUAUCGAGGACCAAUGGAAUCAAUUCACAGUCCAUGAAGUUGGCAGCCAGCCAUACGGGCGUCCGCUCUCGACGGUCUUUGCUGACUCUUUGCUCCACACUCUUGAUGAAGACGGUGAUCCAACUAUCGAAUCUCUACAAUUCAUUGAGUACAGGUAUUUGCGAUUUUUUUACCAUCCGAUUGAGGACAAGUUCGCCUUGAUCACUGGUUGGAAAGACCCUUCAUGGACCAAUGCCAAGAUUAUGCGAGGGGGACUUGAUGCCGAUGAGCGAGACAGCAGAGAGCAACUCUUUGAACGCAACGCCAUUGAAAUCAACCAGAAGACAAUUCCACAGCUACUGGUCGAUGAGGCCUUCCACCCCUUCUAUAUCUUCCAGAUUGCCAGCUUGGUUCUAUGGUCUAUGGAUGAAUACUAUUACUACGCUGUCUGUAUCUUCCUGAUCUCAUUCUUCAGUAUUGGAACGACUGUGCUUGAGACAAAAUCGGUACGUGCUGAUCAAAAAUUGGGUCAAUGUCCUUGAGU